CGCAGGUCACGCGGCCGGUGUUGACACUUCCGGGUGGGACCGCAGGGAGGCGGCGGGGCAGGGGCUGGCACCUCCCGCAGCAGCCAUGGCGUAUACCGGCCUCACCGUGCCUCUCAUCGUGAUGAGCGUGUUCUGGGGCUUCGUCGGCUUCCUGGUGCCCUGGUUCAUCCCUAAGGGUCCCAACCGGGGAGUUAUCAUCACCAUGUUGGUGACCUGUUCCGUUUGCUGCUAUCUCUUUUGGCUGAUUGCAAUUCUGGCCCAACUCAACCCUCUCUUUGGACCACAGUUGAAAAAUGAAACCAUCUGGUACCUCAAGCAUCAUUGGCCUUGAGUAAGAAGACCUGCUCUCCAGUGCUCAGUCAUUGAGGUCACAAAGAGAACUCCUCUAGAUGCAAAAUCACCUCCAUACCCAGACCACCUUCCUUGACUCGCCCACUUUGGCUGUCAGCUGCCUUAAACGUUCCCACCACAUUUGAAUAUCUUAUUCUACAAUGCAGUAUUUUUUCCUGUCACCUUUUUUAUACUUUGAUGAAUGAUGUGCCUAUUGAAUCUAAACUGUGCUGCCCCUAUAAAAUGUUUAUGUACUCUUCGGAGAUAGAAAAUGCUGUUGUUCUGAGAAAUAACAUUACUCUCCUUGGAAACUGUGGAUUUUUGAAGAUGGCUCCUGCCUGCUCACAACAUGAGAAUCAGCGAAGUGUUUAAAAACUGUUACAUGAUAGUAAGACUCCAGUGGGGCAGUCAGUAGGAGAACAUGUUCAGAGGGAAAAUCUGUCCCACCAGAAUUAUACCAAAGUAUAUUUUCAGGAUGAAUUUCUUAUUUCUGCCCUCCUUUGGAAUAAAUUAUUUUUCUGCUCUCUAUGGAAA